AUGCCGUCCGUUUACUCCGAUCGUAUGACUACAUUCGAGGAUUCUGAGAAGGAGAGCGAGUAUGGUUACAUUCGUAAGGUGUCAGGACCUGUCGUCGUUGCUGAUGGAAUGAAUGGUGCUGCUAUGUAUGAAUUGGUUCGUGUUGGUAAUGACAAUCUUAUUGGAGAAAUUAUUCGACUAGAAGGAGAUUCUGCCACCAUCCAAGUUUAUGAAGAAACUGGUGGUUUGACGGUGAAUGAUCCAGUUCUUCGUACUCACAAGCCAUUGUCAGUUGAGCUCGGACCUGGAAUUUUGGGGAACAUUUUUGAUGGUAUUCAGAGACCACUGAAAACUAUUGCUAAAAGGUCAGGUGAUGUAUACAUACCCCGUGGUGUUUCUGUGCCACCCCUGGAUAAAGACGCUCUUUGGGAAUUCCAGCCUAAUAAAUUAGGUGAGGGUGAUCUUUUGACUGGUGGAGACUUAUAUGCUAUUGUGGAAGAGAACAGUUUGUUGCAGCACCGUGUGGCUCUUCCUCCUGAUGCUAUGGGAAAGAUUACAUACAUUGCACCUCCAGGGCAAUACUCUAUUCAGGACACUGUCCUGGAACUUGAGUUUCAAGGCAUGGUUAAGAAGUUUACUAUGCUUCAGUCUUGGCCUGUCCGUUCACCAAGGCCUGUUGCAUCAAAACUUGCUGCUGACACCCCUCUACUCACUGGGCAGCGUGUUCUUGAUGCUCUUUUCCCUUCAGUUUUGGGUGGAACUUGUGCCAUUCCUGGGGCUUUUGGAUGUGGAAAAACUGUCAUUAGUCAAGCACUUUCUAAGUACUCCAACUCUGAUGCUGUGGUUUAUGUUGGUUGUGGAGAGAGAGGAAAUGAGAUGGCUGAGGUUCUCAUGGACUUUCCUCAACUGACAAUGACAUUGCCUGAUGGACGUGAAGAAUCUGUUAUGAAACGGACUACACUUGUUGCAAAUACUUCUAACAUGCCUGUGGCUGCACGUGAGGCAUCCAUUUACACAGGUAUUACAAUCGCUGAAUAUUACAGAGAUAUGGGGUACAAUGUUAGUAUGAUGGCAGAUUCAACUUCUCGAUGGGCAGAAGCUUUGCGUGAAAUUUCCGGACGACUGGCUGAAAUGCCUGCUGAUAGUGGAUAUCCUGCUUAUUUGGCUGCUCGUUUAGCUUCGUUCUAUGAACGUGCUGGUAAAGUUAAAUGUCUUGGUGGUCCAGAGCGUGAUGGUAGUGUAACAAUUGUUGGUGCUGUUUCUCCUCCUGGAGGAGAUUUCUCUGAUCCUGUUACAUCUGCAACACUGAGUAUUGUCCAGGUUUUCUGGGGUUUGGAUAAAAAACUGGCUCAGAGGAAGCAUUUCCCCUCUGUCAACUGGCUUAUUUCUUACUCAAAGUACUCAACGGCUUUGGAAACAUUUUAUGAGAAAUUCGACCCUGAGUUCAUUGAUAUCAGGACCAAGGCUCGUGAGGUGCUGCAGAGAGAAGAUGAUCUUAAUGAAAUUGUCCAGCUUGUUGGAAAAGAUGCAUUGGCCGAGACAGAUAAAAUCACUUUGGACACUGCAAAGCUGUUGAGAGAAGAUUACUUGGCACAAAAUGCAUUUACACCAUAUGACAAAUAUUGCCCAUUCUACAAGUCAGUCUGGAUGAUGCGCAACAUUAUCCAUUUCUAUAAUUUGGCCAAUCAGUCUGUGGAGCGCGGUGCUGGUUCAGAUGGUCAAAAGAUUACCUAUAGCUUGAUCAAGCUUCGUUUGGGAGAUCUCUUCUACCGUUUAGUGUCACAGAAAUUCGAGGAUCCAGCUGAAGGUGAGGAUGCUCUUGUUGCCAAAUUCAAGAAGUUGAAUGAAGAUUUGACUGCUGCUUUCCACAAUCUUGAGGAUGAAACUCGAUGAUUAGCUUGCAGUUCAGUUUAAUCUCUGUUGAGCAGCAGGUAGUCCAGUUGGUUGGAGCUGCUGCUUUUCCCCUUGUACAAGAAACACCAAAACACUUGCACAGACAGCCUUGCUUGCUUUGCAGCCGUUUUUGGCCCUUUGUAUUUUUCCCCCUUUCCGAGGCUUGUCUGGAUGUAGUGUUACAAUGUUGAUUACUUUAUUUAUUGUUCCCGGUAUAAAAUAAGAUCCCUUUUACACUUGAGGGUAAAAUAAGUUCAUUCAUGAGUUUAUGUGAAUUAUGAGGCCGAGAACUUUGUGGCGAGUACCCUGUGAUUUAGUAGGAGUAGGGAUUGCAUUUGUAUUCUUAAUUUAUUUCCUUCAUACUGCUGAAGCUGAACUGGGUAUCACCUUUGUAUUAUUGGUUGUAGCAUUAUUUUCAGCAGCUGAGACGUGGUUUUAUUGACAUUUUUAUCGGGCAAAAUUCAUGCAAUUUUAUUUUUACCCUUCUUGCUGAA